UCUCCCGUGCAGUCUACCUCGAGCUCGGGGCACAACAUCUUCAACGUGUUUUCCGCAUGCCACUUUUUCUCUGAAAAUGUCAACACUCCAGACCCUGAAAACUUAUAUCAACCAGCGACUCGCGGUGGCUGUAGAGGAAAUAUCCGCCCUGCUGGAAACAACAAUAUCAAACUAUGAAGAAGAGAUUAACCGCCAGCGGAGGCUGCUGGAAGAUGAGAGGUCUGAGUUCCUCAUCAACAAAGCAGGUACGCAAGAGGCCAUGAGAUUUCGAGUCAUCAUCGAGCACGAUAUCAAGAAGAUAACUUUCCAAAACGGCCUCCCUUCAACUUUGGAGGACUUGAUUAAAGUGUUUAAACAAGCUUUUUCCAUCACCACAGAGAUAGGCCUUCUGUACAAAGAUGCUGAUUUUGAUGACUUCUUCACGCUAACCUCUACAGGUGACCUUAAGGAUAAAGACACACUCAAAGUAGUUCACCUGCCAGCACCUUCAGGUAUAACAAGGCCAGCGGCUCCUCAGGAGCGCAGACCCGCUGACUUUGAUAACUCCCUCACAAUAACCUCUACAUGUAGCCUGAAGGAUAAAGACAUAGUCAAAGUAGAGCACGUGCCAUUAUCACCAGGUAUAUUAAUGACCACGGCCCCUCAGGAGCGCAACCCUGACACAUCAGACACGUCAUCUGUAGAUGAUCGUCUCUCUGUGGAUUCACAGGAUGCUGUGAUUCCCAGUUCCCCUGCCACUGGGAGGCAAAGCCUGUGGCCUGCCAUCUUUCCCAUUCCAACCUUCUCCUACAACACGGAGAUGGCUUUGAGGCAAGGCAAUGAAAAGUUUCUCAAAGACGGAAUUUUGCUGACAUCACCUAGUGUCAAAUCUGACAUUCUGGAGCGCCUGGCGGAGGCCAUGUUUUCCUACACAGCUUAUCCCAAUGAUCCACAGAGGACUGCCGUUGCACAGGCGCUAAUAGAGAAGCAUCCCUGCUUGAGGGAGCCUGGCUCUUAUAAUGGAUGUUAUGGGUGGCAGCAAAGCCUAAAAUACAAGUGUGCAAACUAUCGGAGCAAACUUAAAGCACACGGAAACCCUGAACUGCUAAUAAAUUCACUGAAACACAAGCAGGAGGGCGAGAGACAACCUGCCAAAAAUAUCAAGAAACCAAGGAAGGCUGAGGUGAACUUCCUUCCCCCACAUCCAGCCGGCGAAACUGAUGAAAGCCUGGAGAAUGUGAGACUGGAGCUUAUUGCAGUAAGCAGGACAAAGGACAAUGGUCAGAUGAUCAAUGACAUGAUGUCCAGAACAUACAGCUAUAGAAGGAGGGAAGUAGUCGGCCAGUCCAUGACAGUGGCAGAAUUCAGAGAGAGAUGGCCUACCCUCUUCGAUCCAGUACAGAUAAAUGAAGAGUUUCGAAGGUGCAACACUGUUCCCUUGGAGCAAACAUUCAUCUCCCAGCUGGACAGGCACACGCCAAAACUGCUGGAAUUAUUCAGUUCAAAGGGAGGAGCUGUGGGACAGCGCAUGAAGAGUGUGUUGAUUGAGCUGAUUAAGGACCCGCAUGCCUCAUUGGUGAAGAAGAGGGACGUGACUCUGAGAUGCCUCAUUGAGUACCUGGGGGAGAGUGUGCAGGAGCUUGUCUCUGACUACUAUAGAACAGCAGAGGAUGAAGUGCAUCAGGACCUUAAAACACACAGUAUGAGGAUCUACGUGUGCCACCAGCCCGAUGCAGUGGGCAUCAUCAUCAAUGGGACUCCAGUUCUGACUGGUCUGGAUAACAUGUCCAAAGCCUGCUGCCUCCUCCUCGGCCUGACCUACGCCCUCAACCUGGAUUAUCCUCCCAAACUUGCCAAAACGUUUGAAGUGUUUCAAAGACUGUUUGUAGGACUUGAUAUGCUGCAGCCCAAACCAACAUCCAAGUACAUCAACCUGAAAAACAAACUGUUCACCUGAACAAUGGCUCACCUCGUCCAAGGCUAGGUUUUGUUAGUGUGUUAUAUUCAGGAGCUGUGAAGGAGUCUGCUUGUUUGAUGAUAAACUUGUGUUGGAUGUUUGAAAGAACUGUGUUAAUGAUUAAGGGUUAAAACACUGAGCUGUACCUCAGAGUUUUAAGGAACUAAUAUCCACAGUGGGCUUCUCCGGUAUCUAAUUUUUCAUACCUUCCUGAUAUUUUCACCGGAGUGUACAGUACAUGACAGUAUGACUAUAUGGUGCAACUCCCCGCCCCCGACCAGCGUGUUCGCUACUUUCAGCAGGCUCACCGUACAUUUUCCAAACUAAUAAUUACACACAUUGCUUGCCGGCUGUUAACGGUCCUGUGCACUAAAUGGGCACCAAGAAACAAACAAACAAAUAAACCUGUGAUGGGCAUUCACUGCUCACACAGCCAGAGUGGUUGGUGCUAUUCCUCCACCACUGGUGUCAUGGUGUCUUUUGGCUCAGCUGCCUGAUCCAUCAGUAGAGACCAGAGACUGACCUAUGGUGUUAUGUGCUGUGCACUACAUAUAGUACGUUUAACAGAAAGAGGAGCACCCAUAUUUUUGACGGUAUUGAAAAUCAUAUCAUCCGGAUUUCUUAAUACCCUGGUGUACCGUGAUACCGCCCAAGCCUAAUCCACAGCAGUUCCACAUGUGACAUCUCUGUAAUGUGGUUGUGCACAUGCUUCUUUGUUGGUAAGGUCAGUUCACCCAGAUUACAAAAAAAAACCAGAACAGAUUUCACCAGGUUUAAGGGCCUCAAAGCUCUGUUCAUGGUUAGAAUGUGUGUUGUAUAAGAGCUCUGAAAAUUCUCAUGUAAGCUGUAUUUUUUUACUCAAUGAGACAAGUUCUACUGUAUGUAACUUUUGUACUUGUAGCUAAAUUAUUUUAUCUCUGAGGGGAAAUACAGAAACACAUUUAAGUUUUAAUACAUUUUGUUUGACAUUUCAGUUGAGGUUGGUGGUUGCAGAGACUGUUCACUACUGGUUACAUAUGUAAAUAAAUUAGUAACAGUUUCAAGUAAUCUAAUUUUUCAACUUACAGUAUAUUGAUCUGGUAAACCAAGUUCAUAAUUGAUUAUUCCCUCACACUCCGUGUAGUGAUGUGUUCUCACAAACCUACAGUCUUUUUUUUUUAAUUGUCUCCACAGCCUGGCAGAGGCAUUGGGUCUCAUUCAUGAAACGUGAGCAGAAGGAAUUUGUGUGUAAACUGUUCGCAGACGGAAAUUUACGUGCAUGUCCGCAUUCAUCAAUAUUUUAGUAGCUCCGAUCUUUUCAUAGCUACUAACAAAAUCUACUCCUGCUCCUGACCACUCGUAGUGCUUGUGUAAAUUUAGUAAAGCACAUAAAUAUUGCUUGUCACUAUUGGAAAUUACAAUUUUAAUUCGUAUUGCGCUCUGUUAUGUACACAAUACACAGAUGCCUUUGAAACACGUAAUCUAAACAUGACAAAAUAUUAAAAAUAUAACACAUUUAGUUAAAUUAGUUGGCAAUUAGCAGGUUUAAGAUCCAGAUUAGGUUCAUGAUUGUGAAUUAUCUAUGUAAAUCGACUCAAUAGAUUACACGUUCUUUCUACAUGUUGAAUGAUGAUAAUAAAAAUAUCCGUAAGGACAGCCGGAUCACAGCCUCUUCGGCCUCGGUGCCUGGGUUCAGCAGGGGCAGCAGGAGCAGCAGGUGGUGGAGCCACGAAGGAGCACGCGCCAGCUGAAAGAAUUAUUUGAGACAACACAUUUUUUUUUUUUUUUUUUUUUUUGUGGCUUUUUGAUCAUUUGAAUGAAUAAAUCUGAUUUGAAAAAUGUUUAAUUUACGUUGUAUAAAACAGAGCUUUAGGCUAUUAAGAUUCAAAUAAUUUGAAGACGAUGCAUACAAAACUGCUGUAGGCUAUAUGUUAUCCGUAUCAUUUGUUAAAAUAAAUGUUAAAUAGCUCUACAUUCCGACAGCCAUCACUGAUUUAGAGUUUAUCCAUUACGCACAAAACAUCUCUGGUUUCCCGUUCCCACUUCAUUCAAAACCCCACAAAUGAAUCUUCUGUUUGUUUGGUGACCGCUGUAUUUUUUGUGUGUGUGCUUAUGCGUUUCUUUGCCUCCAGUUUCAUAUCAAACCAUUUACGCUUCACCUCCGACAUGGUUCUUUGUACCACGGAGACAACAUUAACAGCAUCUGUUACCUCCCUCCAGGCCUUCGCUUUGCCUGUCCCUGUCACACCACUACUAACUGAAGAAAAUAAAAUGUUU